UGCGCAAUAGAUUUUUAGGUGAAUUCGCAAAAUUUACAGCCCUUGAAAAUUUUGUGCUAAAUGGUAUGACACAUUUUAAUAUUUAUGUAAUUUUCUUAGGAGCUGAAGUAUCAUUUAAAAGUAUACCUGCUACAAGACCCACAAUGCAACCCACUGAAUUAAAUGAACUUAAAAGUGUACAUGUUGCUGCAAAGAAUUCAUUUCUUAUUCACGGUAAAUCUACCCAAUCACUUAAUUGGGAGGAAUAUGGUAUAAGGAUAACAAUACCACAAGGAGCAGUGCUACCCUCUGAUACUGUACAGGUCACUAUCACUGCUCUUGUAGGAGGAGAUUUUAUAUUCCCUGAAGACACUGAGCUUGUUAGUGCAGUAUACGCUAUAAAUACCUCUAAACCUUUCCUUGAGCCCGUGAAACUGGAGAUACAGCACUGUGUCUCCAUAGAAACAGUUUCUCACUGCAGUUAUCUUAGUUAG